UUAAAUGGUGGUGAAAAACAGCGUGUAGGAUUUGCAAGAAUCUUAUUCAAAAAUCCAAAGUUUAUAAUAUUGGAUGAAUCCACUAACGCGAUUUCAAGGGAAGUUGAAGAUUAUUUAUUUGAUUUGAUAAAAUCAAAAAAGAUCACAUAUAUUACUUUAAGCCACAGGCCACUGUUAAUAAAAUAUCAUGGUCAGUUGAUAAAGUUACAUAAACAUGGUGAAUAG